AUGCUGGGGUCCGUAGCGCGGACCCUGGAGGUGCUACCUCUGGGGGUGUUGGAGUUGGAGCUGAGAGUGUGCCUGCACGAGGUCCUGGUGCUGGGGGUGCUGGAGUUGAAGUUGAGCCCGUGUGUGCAGGAGGUUCUAGCCUCUCUUCGGGGAGCUGGUGUUAGUCGAGCUGUCUCUGGGGGUGCUACGAUUGGAGGUGCGGGUGCGCCCUCUGCUGGACCUGGAGAUCCUGGGACUGGCCGCGUUGCUGCUGAUGGUACUGGCUCUGAGGGUGGUGCGUCUGGUGCUUUGGGGAGCGGUCAAGGGGCUACCGCCGACCCGGACACUACUCCUCCCCCCCACCCCUACCCCACCCAGCACUAUGCCCGCCUUCGCCGUGCACCAGCUACAGCAGCUGGAGGAGCAGCAGGAGCAGCAGCAACCAUCAUGGCAGGAACAACAGGAGCAGCAGGAGCAGCAGUAGCCACAGUAGGAGCAAGAGCCGCAGCAGCAGGAGGAGGAGCCGCAGCCACCGGAGCAGGAGCAGCAGCAGCCGUAGCAGCAGUGGUCGCAGCAGCCGGAGCAGCAGCAAAAGCGGCCGCCUAUGCCUCCUGUCUCUGGCCUUUGGGCCCUUGGUCUCCCCUCCCCUUCCUCCCUCCUCCCCCUCUCCUCCUGUCUACGGUCCCACACCCUCGUGCCUCCCUUUCCUCCGUCUCCGCCCUUACUGUCACUGUCACUGAGUUCGCCACUACUCGCCGCCUUGACUACGCCACUCGUGUCGUGGAUGCUCCUCCUACCCGUCCUCUGGCUUUCGGGGGUGAGUCUGCCCUUGGCUGUGACGCCCUAGAGGACAGGCAGAUUGAGCUAGGGUUCCUGGCAUCCGCUUCCCCUUCAUGUCUGUGCCUUGGGCCUUGGGCCUCUCAGUGGAGAGCUGCCAUGGACGCAAAGAUGGCCUCCUACAGAUCCACAGGCACCUACGUUAACAAGGUUUCCCCUCCGGGGGCGAACGUAGUUGUUGGCAUGUGGAUCUUCAAUGUGAAGCGGCCACCGGAAUCGCCUCCGUUCUUCAAGGCGCGUUAUGUGGCUAGAGGUUUCAGUCAGCACGAGGGAGUUGACUUCUUUCCAGCCUUCGCGCCUUCUCCAAAGAUGACCACUCUGUGUGUGUUACUUCAAGUGGCAGCACAGUGA